GCGGCUGGUUCUUCUUCCAGGCGGAGCAGCAGCAAAGUGGUGUACGACGAUCAUGAGAGCGAGGAGGAGGAGGACGACGACGACGAGAGCGCCGUGUCCGACGAGGAGGAGGAAGAGGAGGAAGGAGGGGAUCGCGAGGCGAAGCCGGAUUCCGACGAGGACCGAGUGGCCAUGGAGGAAGAGGAGGAGGAGGAGGAGGAAGAGGAGGCGGGCGACUCCGAUUACCCCGAAGGGAUGGAGGACGAGGACGAUGCCAGCUAUUGCACUGAGAGCAGCUUCCGGAGCCACAGCACCUACAGCAGCACCCCAGGAAGGAGAAGACAAAGAGUACAUCGUCCACGUUCUCCAAUAUUGGAAGAAAAAGACAUCCCUCCUCUUGACUUGCCUAAAUCCUCAGAGGACUUAAUGGUGCCUAAUGAGCAUAUAAUGAAUGUUAUUGCCAUCUAUGAGGUACUGCGGAACUUUGGCACAGUCUUGCGCUUGUCCCCUUUUCGUUUUGAGGACUUCUGUGCUGCUCUUGUUAGUCAAGAACAGUGUACACUUAUGGCAGAAAUGCAUAUAGUGCUUUUAAAAGCUGUUUUACGUGAAGAAGACACUUCAAAUACAACCUUUGGUCCUGCGGACCUCAAAGACAGUGUUAAUUCCACGUUGUAUUUCAUAGACGGGAUGACGUGGCCAGAGGUUCUGCGGGUAUAUUGUGAGAGUGACAAGGAGUAUCAUCAUGUUCUUCCUUUCCAAGAGUCAGAGGACUACCCUUAUGGACCAGUUGAGAGUAAAAUCAAGGUUCUACAGUUUUUAGUGGAUCAGUUUCUUACAACAAACAUUGCACGUGAGGAAUUACUGUCAGAAGGUGUGAUACAAUAUGAUGACCAUUGUAGAGUUUGUCACAAACUGGGAGACUUGCUUUGCUGUGAAACAUGCUCAGCAGUGUACCACUUGGAGUGUGUAAAACCACCUCUUGAAGAAGUACCAGAGGAUGAAUGGCAGUGUGAAGUUUGUGUAGCACAUAAGGUGCCUGGAGUAACGGACUGUAUUGCUGAAAUCCAAAAAAAUAAACCAUAUAUUAGACACGAACCUAUUGGAUAUGACAGAAACCGACGGAAGUACUGGUUCCUGAAUAGGAGGAUUAUUAUAGAAGAAGAUUCAGAAUGUGAGAAAGAUAAGAAAAUCUGGUACUAUAGCACAAAAGUCCAGCUGGCAGAAUUAAUUGAAUGCCUUGACAAAGAUUACUGGGAAGCUGAUCUCUGCAAAACUGUGGAAGAAAUGCGUGAAGAAAUCCAUCGGCAUAUGGAUAUAACAGAAGACCUUACUAAUAAAGCACGGGGUAACAAUAAAUCGUUCCUUGCUGCAGCAAAUGAAGAAAUUCUGGAAGCAGCCAGAGUCAGAAGGGGUGAAACGUUGGAGGAUAAAAGCUCAGUGGAUGAUGAGACGGAAAAAGAAAAAGCUAAUGUUGAGAAUAAAGAUAGUGCAGAGACUGAUAUUAGCAAAGAGGAAGUUUCAGACCAACAGUCAGAUAUAAACAAAGAAAUGCCACAGCAGGAAAUUUCUGAAAAAGAAAGUAAAGAAGAUCUAACAGAUGGAGAUAAAGGGACCUCGGUGACAUCGCCUGGUGGGGGCAACAUCACGAGUUCUUCUGGGGGAGAGGCUAAUACUUCUGAAGGGAAGAACACAAUGGAAAGUGACUCGGAAGUCCUUGUUGAUAAUGGGGGAAACAAGAGUCUGGCAUCAGAGCCUCUUAAAGAUGUCUCAGGUGAAACAGCAAAGACAGGUUCCAACCAGAGCCUUGAUAUAUCUGCUGAAGCACUCCUGUCUGAUCCAGAGAACAGCAGUAGCAAUGAACCAAAUUCUGUUAAGAGUGAGGUUGAGAAGACAUUUGAUGAAGUGGAGAAUAUUGAUGUGGGAUCACAGAGUUCAGAAGAGCUAGGGGAUAAAUCUAAUGGUGAAAGAAGUGACUCUCCAAACACAGGAAGAAUUACUCCAGGCUCCACACGAAUGGUCACCAGGUUACGAAAUCCAGAUAGCAAACUCAGCCAGUUGAAAAGUCAGCAGGUUGCUGCAGCAGCACAUGAAGCAAAUAAGCUAUUUAAAGAAGGCAAAGAGGUGCUUGUGGUCAAUUCCCAAGGGGAAAUCUCCCGACUGAACACCAAGAAAGAAAUAGUGAUGAAAGGAAACAUCAACAAUUAUUUUAAGCUGGGUCAAGAAGGGAAGUAUCGUGUAUACCACAAUCAGUAUGCCACCAAUUCUUUUGCAUUAAACAAACAUCAGCACCGGGAAGAUCAUGACAAGAGGCGGCACCUCUCUCAUAAGUUUUGUCUGAGCCCUGCUGGAGAGUUCAAAUGGAAUGGCUCUGUCCAUGGAUCGAAGGUGCUAACAAUAUCUACCCUGAGGCUAACAAUUAUUCAGCUGGAGAACAACAUCCCGUCUUCAUUCCUUCACCCCAACUGGGCUUCACAUAGGUCUAACUGGAUCAAAGCUGUUCAGAUGUGUAGCAAACCUAGAGAAUUUGCACUGGCUUUGGCUAUAUUGGAAUGUGCAAUUAAACCAGUUGUGAUGUUGCCAGUCUGGAGAGAGUCUUUGGGACAUACAAGGUUACGCAGAAUGACAGCUAUUGAAAGAGAAGAUAAGGAGAAGAUCAAAAAGAAAGAAAGAAAGCAAGAGGAAGAGGAAACAAUGCAGCAAGCAACAUGGGUGAAAUACACAUUUCCUAUAAAACACCAGGUUUGGAAACAAAAAGGGGAAGAAUACAGAGUAACAGGAUAUGGUGGAUGGAUCUGGAUUAGCAAAACUCAUGUUCAUAGAUUUGUGCCCAGGUUACCGGGAAAUACUAAUGUCAGUUACAGAAAAUUGCUACCUGCAAAGAAUACUACUGCCACCACAGAAAAACAGCACGAACUGGAUAAAAGGAAAAAUCCAUCAAAAAUAAAAGUUGAGCAUGGUUCUUUCAAAGACAGAAUAAAAAACACCCGUGAGCCACACAAAAAGGACCAAAAAGAAACAGAAAAUUCCGAGACCACAAAGAAAAAUUGCACCAAGCAGGAAAAUGAGCUGAAUGAAGAAAAAACGGAUGUCAAUAAGAGUUUGGAAAAAUCAGAUCAUGCAGAAGAAGAGGAAAAAGAAGUGAAUGCAAAUGAUAAAGGCAUCAAAGAAGAACCCAUGGAGGUUGAUGAAGUCAAAAUGGAUACCUCUGCAAAAUAUGAAGAAAUCCCAAUCACUGUUGAUUUAAUCAAUGUUAGUGAAGGCUUUCAUUUAAGGACAUAUUAUAAAAAGAAAGUAAAAUCUUCAAAACUAGAUGGAUUGCUAGAAAGAAGAGUAAAACAGUUCACACUGGAAGAAAAGCAGCGGUUAGAAAGAAUAAAGCUUAAAGCUGGUGCUAACUCUUCAGGUUGUAAGUCUCUUGCACAGAAGAAUGUGGGUGAGAUACAAAUAGUCAAGGCAGGGGACGGAAGGCAAAUGGAUGGAACUGCCCAAAACAGAAUUGAUGUUUUGGGUACAGAUCAGACUGAAGGUUCCACUAAAGAUCACCUGUCGCCUAGCAACCUGCACUUUAUCAAAACCAGUGGAUCAGCCCAAUCUUUGCCUUGCUUGAACAGACUUUUAGAGGGAGAUGGGGAUGUAACCUCCAUUCAUUGCCCAGAUACUCAGAGUCUGGUAGCAAAGGGUAGUAAUGAAAGUGUUUCUGAACCAAUGGACAUAGAUGAAACUCAGGUACAGAGUAAAGAGAAAGAUGCUCCCAGUUCUGCUACUGCUGACUCCAAAGCAGUGGAAAACAAAGACACAAAUAAAUGUGGCAUCUUAGAGGACAAUGCAGAGUGUUCAAAGCAAACAGAUGCCACAGUGUCUCAGUGUGAAAACAUUGUGCAGCCAGUGAUAACAGAAAGUAGAGGUGAAGAAGAUCCUUCAUCUUUGGCUGUGAGAGGAAAUGAAACAAUAAAACCUGAAAAACAAGACUGCGAUUCUGUCGAAACUUCUAGUUUAAAAGAUCGUUCUGGCAUGGUUUCCACACAAGCAAAGGACAGUCUUUUGAAAAGCAGUGAAGAAUCGUCUGAACCCAAAAUUGGAUUAAAUCCAAAGCAAACUCUUGGAGACCUAAAAUCCUUACACACUGAACUCAUUUCAGAAAAGGCAUUUGAAGCUCAAAUUCCUGACAUGAUUGAGGAAAGUAUUAUGGAUGAAGUACUGAAGUCUCAGAUCACUGAAACAAAUGGUGAAAAACCAGACCAAACAAAGUGUGGCCCUCCAAGUUCUGUGAAUAAAUGCUUUGACCAAAUUAAAAUCAUGGCUGAUAAAAAUAAUAAUAAAAAUGGAGAAUUGGAUGCCCAUACAGAGAAAGAAAAGCCAGCAGCAUUUCAGAUUAAUGGAAAAGAAAAUGAUUUUAAGGUAUUUUCAGACGAAGAGUUCUUAAAACGAGAGACCAUUGCACAAACAGAGAGUAAUAUUGACUCUAAAGUCAGUAAUCUCAAUCAAAAUAAUCCUCUGGUUAAACCAUUUUCAUCCAGUGAACCUGUAAAACCAUUCAUGAACGGUGAUGUCGCUGCUGAAGAUACGGGUGAGAAAGAAAAUAUGGACAGUGAGGUGUUACAGAAUUCGGUGGGUACAGACAGUGAUUCUAAAGAGCAUGAUUUAUCUCAAGAUAAAACAUGUCAGUCUGCUUAUCAUACCGAAAGGAAACAAUGUUCUCCUGAAAGAUCUAGUCCAGUUGAUGAAACAUCAAUUCCAAGCCUUGAUUCCUGUAAUGAAAACAGUGCAUAUAGGGAAACAGAAUGCAUGGAUGUUGAGUCACCUUGUGUCAAGAAAUCUACUCUAUCUCCUGUGACUUCAUGUGAGGAAUCUAGCUUAAGUAAUGAUUUUGCAGAUCAGAAUGGAUUACAGACGCACAGUAAAGUUGAAAAUGUCAAUGGAGAAAACAUGGUAAAAGCAGUUGUUACAGAAGUGACCACAACAUCAACUGUUUCUACAGAAUCCAAAACUGUUUAUAAAGUAUCAGAGGUGUCAGCAGUCAAAGAUGAUACAGAAACUGUGGUAUCAUCUGCUGAAAACUGUUCGGUAUCCACCGUAACUACCACCACUACUACCACUGUAAAAAAGCUUACCACUCCCAAUACGGAUAGCAAUGUCGAUGUCAUUUGUGUGAAGGAGCAUAGUAAAACUGUGGUUACAACAACUGUGACUGAUUCCUUAACUACUCCAGGAGGAACUUUGGUGACUUCUAUGACAGUCAGCAAGGAGUAUUCUACAAGAGACAAAGUGAAGCUAAUGAAAUUUUCAAGGCCUAAAAAGACUCGUUCUGGAACAGCUUUGCCCUCUUACAGGAAAUUUGUCACCAAAAGCAGCAAAAAGAGUAUCUUCGUUUUGCCCAAUGAUGACUUAAAGAAGCUCGCAAGAAAAGGAGGAAUCAGAGAGGUUCCCUGUUUCAACUAUACAGCUAAGCCUGCUUUGGAUAUCUGGCCGUAUCCCUCCCCAAGACCGACUUUUGGUAUCACUUGGAGGUAUCGACUUCAAACUGUAAAAUCUUUGGCUGGGGUUAGCCUUAUGUUGAGGUUACUCUGGGCCUGUCUAAAGUGGGAUGACAUGGCUGCAAAACCCCCACCUGGUGGAGGAACUACACGCACAGAAACAACAGAAACAGAAAUUACAACAACUGAAAUAAUCAAGCGGAGAGAUGUUGGACCAUAUGGAAUUCGAUCAGAAUACUGCAUACGAAAAAUUAUUUGUCCUAUUGGUGUUCCGGAGGCUCCAAAAGAAACUCCUACACCUCAAAGGAAAGGUCUUCGAUCAAGUGCAUUGAGGCCUAAAAGGCCAGAGACUCCAAAGCAAACAGGCCCAGUUAUAAUUGAAACUUGGGUAGCAGAGGAAGAAUUGGAGCUAUGGGAAAUAAAAGCAUUUUCUGAAAGAGUGGAGAAGGAAAAGGCACAAGCAGUUGAGCAACAGGCUAAGAAGCGACUGGAACAACAGAAGCAAUCGCCUGCAGUGUGUAGUGCCGCUACAGCUACAACAACAAGUAGUGCAGCAACCACUGUCUCCACUCCCCAGAAGGUUGUGGUAAGCUCGUUACCACGUUCUGUGCCCAGCGGAGCCAAAGUGGUACUAGCUACCAAAGUGGGAUCUCCAGCUACAGUAACAUUCCAACAGAGCAAAAAUUUCCACCAGACAUUUGCUACUUGGGUUAAGCAAGGUCAGCCUUCAACAGCAACGAGCACAGCAGCAACUUCAGCAACAGCCAUAUCCAGCAGUGGCCAGACUUUCCAGAUUGCAAGCAGUCCAGUAACAAUGGCAGGGAAAGUGAUCACAAAGUUGCCUCUCCCAGCAAAUAGCAAGAUUGUAGCUGUUAACGUACCAGCUACUCAAGGAGGUGUAGUUCAAGUCCAGCAGAAAGUCUUGGGUAUCAUUCCAUCGACAACAGGAGCAAACCAGCAAACAUUUACUUCAUUCCAGCCAAGGACAGCAACUGUAACUAUUAGGCCAAAUAAUGCAGGGACUGUGUGUACAACAAGUGCUUCACAAGUAAUACCUGGGACUCCUCUCCGACCUGGGAUGACGGUCAUAAGGGCACCACUUCAGCAAUCAGCCUUAGGAAAGACGAUCAUUCGGACACCUGUAGUGGUACAGCAAGGUAUUCUUCCAGCCAGCCAGACACAGCAAGUAGUGACUCAGAUCAUCAGAGGUCAGCCUGUCUCAACAGCAGUGUCCGGUGCUACCACCGUUUCUACAAGUCAGAAGGUAGUAACAGCCCCUGGAACGCCUUCACAGCAUGUGCAGCCACCAGCCACACAGCCACACCCUCCUCGUCCUCAGCAAGGUCAAGUGAAACUUACGAUGGCACAGCUUACGCAGCUCACUCAAGGGCAGGGUGGCAGUCAGGGUUUGACUGUGGUAAUUCAAGGACAAGGUCAAACCACUGGCCAAUUGCAGUUGAUCCCUCAAGGUGUCACUGUAAUACCUGGACCAGGGCAACAACUAAUGCAAGCCGCGAUGCCAAACGGCACAAUUCAACGGUUUCUUUUCACCCCAUUGCCACCAGCAGCUACUACAACAAGCACGGCAACGACAACCGUUUGCACCUCAUCCUCAGCUGCAGGGGAACAGAAGCAAACUUCUUUAGCCCAGCCACAAACACAGCCAGUGCCAGCAGCCCCUCCAGCUAACGAACCACCGCCAGCUCCGCUCCCACCCCAGCCACAAGGACCGUCCCUGAGUAGUCCACCUCCGACUCCAGCUCCAGCACAGACACCACCUACUCCAUCUCCACCGCAGGCUGAAGCUCAGCGAACCCCUGAAGUUCAGGCUCCAGCUUCCCUUCCAGUCCCCACAGUUGCCUCUGAAGCACCGCCACCCGCAGCACCCACAUCAGUGGUAACGCCAGCUGCUGCUCAAGCGCCAUCUCAGAGCCUUGUGCAAGGACAGCCUUUAACUCAAGUUCAGAGCCAGAGCCAGACAGUGGUGCCUCCACAGACCUCGCCAAAAGUCCAGACCGUUCAGCCUGUUCAGGUACAAACCACAGCCCAACAGCCAGUUCCGGUGCAGCCACAUCCUUCUGUGCAGAUCCAGUCUCAGCAGUCCCAGGUUUCAGCCUCAGUCCAAACUUUGCCGGUUGCACAAAAUCUGAGUCAGGUUUCUGUGCAGCCUCCACGGCCCCAGCUGCAAAUUCAGCCGCCACAGACUAAAGUUAUCACAGUGCCCCAACUUCAGCAGCAGGUCCAGGUGUUCUCCCAGCUUCAGUCUCAUGUGGUGGCUCAGAUACAGACGCAGCAAGGUGGGUUGCCUCCGCAGAUUAAGCUUCAGUUACCUAUUCAGAUCCAGCAAGCUGGCCCAGUCCAAGCUCAUCAGAUCCAGAACGUUGUAACUGUUCAAGCAGCCAGUGUUCAAGAACAGCUACAAAGGGUUCAGCAGCUCAGAGAGCAACAGCAGAAGAAAAAACAGCAGCAUAUUGAAAUUAAACGUGAACACUCCCUUCAAGCUUCUAAUCAGAGUGAUAUUAUCCAGAAACAGGUGGUAAUGAAACAUAAUGCUGUGAUAGAGCACUUAAAGCAGAAAAAGACGCUGACUCCUGCUGAACGUGAAGAGAAUCAACGAAUGAUUGUGUGCAACCAGGUAAUGAAAUAUAUUCUGGAUAAGAUAGAUAAAGAAGAAAAACAGGCAGCUAAGAAACGAAAGCGAGAAGAGAGCGUGGAGCAGAAACGUAGCAAACAAAAUGCAACCAAACUCUCAGCUUUGCUUUUCAAACACAAGGAACAACUUAAAGCUGAAAUACUGAAGAAAAGAGCACUUCUGGACAAAGAUCUACAGAUUGAAGUGCAGGAAGAACUAAAGAAGGAUCUGGCUAAAAUUAAGAGGGAAAAGGAAAAGGCCCAGGCAGCCGCUGCUGCUGCUGCAGCCGCUGCUGCAGCAGCCGCUGUACCUCCUCCUCCACCACCACCGCCACCACCACCACCGCCGCCGCCUCCCCCUCCCCCUCCACCACCACACAUUACCAGCAUUGCAUCAUCAACCACAGUCACAACAUCUGUUUCAUCCCAUAAAAGAAAGCGAGAGGAAGAGAAGGAAUCCUCUUCUUCAAAAUCCAAGAAAAAGAAAAUGAUUUCUACUACCUCAAAGGAAACCAAGAAGGACACAAAGCUUUACUGCAUCUGCAAAACGCCUUACGAUGAAUCUAAGUUCUAUAUUGGCUGUGAUCUUUGUACUAACUGGUAUCAUGGAGAAUGUGUUGGCAUCACAGAAAAGGAGGCUAAGAAAAUGGAUGUGUACAUCUGUAAUGAGUGUAAACGGGCACAAGAGGGCAGCAGUGAGGAAUUGUACUGUAUCUGCAGAACACCUUAUGAUGAGUCACAAUUUUACAUUGGCUGUGAUCGAUGCCAGAACUGGUAUCAUGGGCGCUGCGUUGGGAUCUUGCAGAGCGAGGCAGAUCUCAUCGACGAGUAUGUCUGUCCGCAGUGUCAGUCCACAGAAGAUGCCAUGACAGUACUCAGCCCCUUGACAGAUAAAGAUUACGAGGGGCUGAAGAGAGUGCUACGUUCACUGCAGGCUCACAAAAUGGCAUGGCCCUUUCUAGAACCAGUAGAUCCCAAUGAUGCUCCAGAUUAUUACGCUGUCAUCAAAGAACCUAUGGAUCUCUCCACCAUGGAGGAAAGAAUCCUGAAACGUUACUACAAAAAGGUGACAGAGUUUGUGGCCGACAUGACCAAAAUAUUCGAUAACUGUCGUUACUACAAUCCAAAUGACUCUCCUUUUUAUCAGUGUGCAGAGGUUCUGGAGUCAUACUUUGUACAGAAAUUAAAAGGAUUCAAAGCAAGCAGGUCUCAUAACAACAAACUGCAGUCUACAGCUUCUUAAAGUUCCACGUGUUGCCCUAAUACACAGACAGGAAGAAUCUGGUUCUCUGAAACUUUUUAAAUUGAGAAGCCAGAGAUUUUUAGUCAGGACGUCCUGACAAGUCUUGAUGUAAACUGCAUUUUUAUCAGUCACAUCAGAUUAUAUUCUCGACUAAUUUUGUCCAAAGGACAAAUGAAUGAAAGUCAGCAGCAUCGUUUUCUUCUCAAGAUGAAAUUGUGCUGUUGUGGCAGAAACAGGAAAACAUUUUGUUGAUGGACAAGAGAGAAAACAAGCAAGAGUAAACAUGAUACAAUAAAAUGGGGUCGCGCUCUAACUCCAUGGAAAUGUCACAUCUGUUCUUCAGUGAAGAAGCUGGUUUAAAGUCCACACAGAGAACUUUUGACUGUAUUUAUUUAUUGUUGCAAAAGGACGCUUUUUUUAUCGCUGCCCUCAUUUGUCAGCUAAUUAUUUUUUCUUAUAAUCCCCAAGCCCUGGUUAUAUGUAACCCAUUCUGUAUCUUCCCAUGAUUCCUGUAGGUAAAAGUACAAGAUGACCUCUAGAUGUCUUUUCUUUCUAUGAAAGGAGCUGCUAUGUACACAUGUGCACAAACAAACUGGGAAUCAACAAUGAGUUUAUUGUUCAUGGUAGAUGAAAACAAUUAAGCUUGCAUAAAAGUCGGGCUGAGUGGUCAAUGAACUACAGACUUUGUUGCCUUGAGUAUAACAGUACAAUGUCAUUUACUCUGCACCGGACUGAUAUGAGUAAAAUCUAUUUGAAGGUAUCUUGUUUGUAAACAUUUGUCAGAUUCUAAUUUUUUUUCUUUUUGUAUUAAAAAUUCAAAAUAUGGAUGUAUAUGAAACAAAAUAAAUGGAGAUCAUUGUUCUCUCCACAGAUGUAGGUGUCUUUUGAAUGUUCACUAACAUGUUUGUAAGUUUUGGAGGUUUAUUCUGAAGUGUAAGGGUCUGAGGUAGGAUGAAAAUGUGGCAAGGGAAAAAAAAGGACAAACAAACCCCAAGUGUGUUUCUAGUAGUUUUUAAUCAAAAAUAAUAAAAUUCUACUGUGAUGCCAGAAAUAUUUCAUCUUGAUGGCAAAGGAGUUGUGUGAGAAUGAUCAUUUCCCAUUGCUAAAUGAGGUAAUGAGCAGAUUGAUAGUGUGAGGUUAAAAAUGGUCUCAAAAGUGUGUUUCAUUUUUCACUUUUCUACUAGGGAAAGGUAUGUAAAAAGAUGAAGCCAACAAGAGAGAGAGUCCUUACAGGUUUUCUUUAUUACUCUCUAGCAAGUCACGUUUGCUGAUAUUUUUGUAUGUGCAUCAUAAACCAACAGCAGUUGGUUUCCGUACCUCUACACGUAUCUUAACUAGAUUUUGCACUAAUUCACAGUUUUGCCCUUCAGUGAUCCAGAAUUUGUCUAUGGAUGAGCUUUCCUUGGGUUUAACCUCACCCUGCUAUGCAAGAACAUUUUCUGUUACUUUCUUAGACAUUGCUGUUGACCACAAGAUUCUUAUAAGUACAGGCUCAGGUGUACAGAUACUUCGGGGUUAAUCUUCUCUAUGAAAGCCUAUUCUUUUGUACAUAGAUACUGUCAUUUAACCAAUGUGAAAUCAAAAGGAAGUUAUUGUUCAUUGUGAGGAGGGCAUCGAUUUAUUAUUUUUUUUAAGAAAGUAGGAAGACAAGUAUUUGUGUGUUAGUAUAUUAGGAGUUUUUAGAAAGAAAUGCUACAUAUUGUAUGCAUUAUGUUUAUAAAGAAGGAUUUUUUUCAACCUAAAUUCUACAAAUAUUGUCUUUUCACAAUAUUUCUGUAUUAUUCGUACAUAUGGCUGACAUUGAAAAACCAUGUUGAGAAGAGAAAUUUCCUACCUGUAGGCAAUAGAUUACUGUUUUUAACAAAUUGUGACAAACUGAAGAAUAACUCUUUUGUACAUAAUAGGGACAGUUCAUCUUAGACUAAUAAAGUAAUGUUGUUCGACAUCAGAUUUGGUGGAGUUCCUAAUGAAACAUCAGUUGUCUCGAAUAACAUAUGUAGCACUUGGCAUUGCCAGACUGUGCAGAAAUUCUUGGGAAUUUUUCAUAUAAAUAAUUAUGAAAUGAGGAAAAUGCUAAUUUCAUACACUUUUUACCAAGCCUCACCUUUUUUCCUACUGCUUUGUAAUACAUGAAGAUAAUUCUUAGCUGUAUCAACUAUGGUAAUUUUUAGGGUUUUUUGAAGUUUUAUUUAUGAGCCAGUGUAAUGUGUGUACAUUUUAAAUACCACUUCUGUAUAAGGAAUAAAGAAAAUUAUACUUUACUCAGUUUUUCUUAAAUGAAACAAUGUGCAGCAUAUUCUCCCUUCCGUGUUUUUAAAAUUCAAGAAAGUUCCUUCAUUUACUCUGAGAUAUUUAAUGUGGUUAUCGAGUCUCCUGAAUGAACUGAGGAAAGUUUUAAAUUAUAGCUCCUCGGUCAAAUGGAUUAAUUUGGUGUUCCAUGUAUAAAAAGGGUUCAAAAGUUCUGAACUGCUCCUUAGUUGUGUUCAUUGGUGGUUGGGUGGUUGGGAUGGAUUAGAGCCCAUUUCUGGAGACUCAGGUUAGAAUGGAAAUAUCUUGAACAACUGCAGAAUGUUUGCCUCACUGUGCACAAAGCACAUUGAACAAAUUUUUCAGAAUGGUUAUUUUGCAGUAAAAACAGUCUUAUCAGUCUGCUCUUUUUAAAAUAUAUGUUAGCAGAAGUAUGCGUAAAAUAUGUAUUUUAUAUGGACCAGCUGUUAAUUUAUAAUA